AUGGGCGGCCCACCUACUUCCAGGGAUGGUAACUACCAGAAUUUUGGACGCAAUGGUGAUGCAAUCAAUGUUGCCAUUGAAGGUGGUUGGAACACGGGCAGUCUAAGAUCUGAGAGUGUGAUGGACAUCAGCUUUGUAAAAGAAAAAGCCAGCGACCUCUAG